UCUUUGUUCGUCCUCACCGAGUGGGUCAGCUCAGCUGACGCGGAGGGGCGUGGUGGAAGCAGUUACGUUUGCUAACGCCCGCUACCAGUGCUGUGAAGUUUGUGUGCUGGUAUUCACAGCCUUUGACGCACAGUCCAGCUCUGACUGACCGAGUCCUUCAGGGGAAUAAAGACACUGUGUUAUCCCGGAUAUCAAACGGUUUGAACACAUCUGUUACGGCGCUCUUGAACCAGUGCACACCGGAGCUGACAUGCGGUCGUAGCCGUUAGCAGGCGAGCCAGGCCGAGGAGAAGUGAUUGACUGACGCUCUCCUCCAUCCAGACGUGGAAUAAAUGUGUCACACAAUUCAUUUUGUCGAGGUGGUUGUUGACGCUCGAGAGGAUGCGCAAGGACGUGAGGAUUUUAUUAGUGGGAGAGCCCAAGGUGGGCAAGACAUCUCUCAUCAUGUCUCUAGUCAGCGAGGAGUUUCCAGAAGUGGUUCCUUACCGAGCUGAGGAGAUCACCAUACCUGCUGAUGUUACACCAGAGAGAGUUCCCACACACAUUGUGGACUAUUCAGAGGCAGAGCAGACAGACGAGCAGCUGUUUCAGGAGAUCUCUAAGGCAAAUGUGAUUUGCAUUGUCUACUCUGUCAACAACAAGAAGUCCAUAGAAAAGGUGACCAGCCACUGGAUCCCCCUCAUUACUGACAACACAGACAAGGACAGCAGAGUUCCUCUGAUCCUGGUGGGGAACAAGUCGGACCUGGUGGAGCACAGCAGCAUGGAGACCAUACUACCCAUAAUGAACCAACACAGUGAGAUAGAGACUUGUGUUGAGUGUUCAGCCAAAAACCUGAAGAACAUCUCAGAGCUGUUCUACUAUGCCCAGAAAGCAGUUCUGCACCCCACAGGUCCGCUCUACAGCCCAGAGAGAAAAGAUAUGAAGCCUCUCUGUGUCAAAGCGCUCACUCGAAUCUUCAAGGUGUCCGACUUGGACAACGACGGGAUUCUCAAUGAUCAUGAGCUCAACUUCUUCCAGCGGACAUGCUUCAACACCCCGUUGGAGCCUCAGGCGCUAGAAGAUGUAAAAAAUGUAGUGAGGAAGAAUUUAAGUGACGGAGUGUGCGAUAAUGGACUUUCUCUGAAAGGUUUUCUGUUCCUUCACACCCUGUUCAUUCAGCGAGGGCGUCAUGAAACAACAUGGACGGUGCUGAGGAGGUUUGGAUAUGACGAUGACCUGGAGUUAAAUCAGGAUUACUUAUUCCCACCAUUGAAAAUUCCUUCAGACUGCACCACAGAGCUCAACCACAACGCCUACCUCUUUCUUCAGAGCGUCUUUGACAAACAUGACAGGGACCGUGACUGUGCCUUGUCACCAGAGGAGUUGAAAGACCUGUUUGAUGUUUUUCCCUACAUGCCCUGGGGUCCUGAUGUCAAUAACACAGUUGGCACUAAUGACAAUGGUUGGAUCACAUACCAGGGCUAUCUUUCCCAGUGGACGCUAACGACAUAUCUCGACGUCCAGCGUUGCCUGGAGUAUUUGGGUUACCUUGGUUACUCAAUCAUUGCUGAGCAGGAGUCACAGGCGUCAGGAAUCACAGUAACCAGAGAUAAGAAGAUUGACCUGCAGAAGAAGCAGACCCAGCGCAGUGUCUUCCGUUGUAACGUCUUCGGAGACAUUGGCAGUGGCAAGAGUGGUUUCCUCCAAGCUUUCCUAGGUCGAAACCUUACGCGACAGAAAACCAUUAAUGAAGAACACAGAUCCUUCUAUGCCAUCAGCACAACAUAUGUGUAUGGCCAGGAGAAAUACCUACUUCUUCAUGAAGUUUUCCCCGACUUUGACUACCUGUCUGAUGCCGAUAUGUCCUGUGACAUUGUCUGCUUGGUCUAUGAUGCCAGCAACCCCUACUCCUUUGAGUACUGUGCCAAAGUCUUCAAGCAAUACUUCAUGGACAGCAAGACACCCUGCAUGAUGGUUGCAGCAAAGUCCGACCUGCCUGAGGUCAAGCAGAUGUACGGCUGCAGUCCCCUGGAGUUCUGUAGGAGGCACAAGAUGCCGCCUCCUCAGACGUUCACCUGCAACACAGCGGCUGCAGCACCCAACCAAGACAUCUACACCAAACUCACCACGAUGGCCAUGUACCCCCACGCCCGGCUGCGCUGCAUGUGCACUUGUAACCGGUGCACAUUCUGCUUGUGUCAGAACCUCCUCAACUCUGAGCUGCUGCAGACGGUCAGAGCCAAACUCUACGCUGUCGUACUUAGAAGACAUGUGAGCCAGGCAGACCUGAAGAGCUCCACCUUCUGGCUCAGAGCGAGUGUUGGGGCCACAGUGUUUGCAGUGUUGGGUUUAACUCUGUACAGAGUGCUGCUCAGACAGCGGUGAUUCUCUUCGUCUUUAUCCAUGGACAUCUAUCCUGACAGGUCACAUCAUUUGUCCCCGCCGCCCCAAUUUUGCUUGAAGUACAUUAAACAUUCAUGGAAAACGUCUGAAAAUAAACCCUCAUUUUAUUUCUUCCUGGGGAUGAAUAAGAAAAAUCUUUAAUUUUGUACCCAAAUAACUUAGUCUGUUCUCCAAGUCUUUGCACGGUAAAAUAAAAUAAUUAUAUUUAUAAAAACAAACAUUGUAAGUUGCCACAUUGAGAUACAAAGCUAGAUAUUUCUUUCUUUGGUUGCUCGGUGAGUGCACUGAUGGACGUGGCGUCACUUGUAGUAGAGAUUAUGAAAUGCGAGGUACGAAACAGAAUUUAUGCUUUUAUUAGACUAAAUAAUGUGUAAAUUGUAUAUUUAACAUAGUGCACUAUAUUGUACAAGAAAAACAGUAGCAGUCAAAACAUUUUUUAACAUUGCGAACAUCUGAGCACUUCGGUGUUUAAUUGGUGGAUGUGAAUGUGUGAAAUGAUUGCUAUUAUGUGUGUGUGUGAGCAAAGAUAUUGAACAUUUACACUGUACAUUUUGUGUUUGCAUGCUUCAGAUUUUCCGACUACACUCCAGUAUUUUAAGAUUUCCUUCCCAACUUCUCUGUAUUGUUUUCCAGCUGUGAAUCAUUCAGGCUCAUUAUUUAAGUUUGCUGACAGAGGUCCGAAGAAUUUUAUUCAUUGUGACGCUCUCUGUCUCUCCUGGCCACAGAUGUUAAUUUAUAAACCACUGCAAUUGCUUGUUACAAAGUUCAUUUUGUAAGUAUUUAUUCAUCCCUGCCUUUCCAAAAAUUUAACAAUCAAUAAAUGUCUAUUACUGUA